CUCUUCAGAUUGUCCAAUAUCUGCACUUUCAGACGCUCGGCAGAGCCGGAGCCCAGAGGAACCUCAGAAAAACCUCAGAAAAACCUCAGAAAAACCUCAGAAAAACCUCAGAAAAACCUCAGAAAAACCUCAGAAAACCCUUGAAGCCGACGCCUGGGAGCUCGUCUGACCUCGGUUAUCACAGACCGGUUUGAGUCUCCAUCCCAAAACCAUGAAGUCCCGUCGGCCCAGCUGCACCGACUCCGGAUCCGAGUCCUCAGAGACAGACUCCAAGAGCCCCGAGACGACCACCAGGCGACGGAUGGCGGCCAACGCCAGGGAGAGGAAGAGGAUGCAGGGCCUGAACACGGCCUUCGACUGCCUGCGGAAAGUGGUGCCCCAGUGGGGUCAGGACAAGAAGCUGUCCAAGUACGAGACGCUGCAGAUGGCCCUCAGCUACAUCAUGGCCCUCAGCCGGAUCCUGACGGACGCCAGGAGGCACACGGCUCCUCACAGGCAGUGGGUGGACCUGCAGUUCGACGUGCAGCCCGACAACUACUCCUGCGUCAUGACGUACGAGCAUCCCACGGAGCAGGAGUUCGUCCACUCGUCCUUCUCCUACCAGUUUGACGGCCACCAGGUCCACGCAUAAACUGCUGCCGUCCGGUAGACGGUCAGUCCUGUUACACGUCGGUGACAAUGUCAACGUUUUUCCUCCGGUCUAGGAGACAGUAAAUACAUUUUGUAUUGCAUUAUUUUGUAUUUAUUUAGUCCUUGUAUGGCAAUCAGAGAAGCUUCUGUUUGAUUUGAAGUCUUUUCUUUUGUUUUUACUAGAAAAAAAUCAGCAAUGUUGAGCAAAAAUCUUGUUCAAAUUACAUCGGUGAAAAAAAAAGUAGUGUCAUUACAAUGACCGUUAGAUUGAACUUAUGCAAGUUAUGGUGUAUUUUUAUCAGUUAUUUUGAUAUGACCCAAAAAUGUUGUGCAAUGCUCAAUGAAUUCUGAGAAAAUCAUUGUGGUUUUAAUUGAACAGUUAAAGAUUUUACUACUUUGUAAGUGCAUGUGUGUAGAGCUGAAAAAUAUAUGUUUCCUUUCCACA